ACCCCCGUCAUCAUGUCUGCUGGAAGCGCCCAGAUCGGGAAGCGUGCCCCGGCCUUCAUCACCACCGCCGUGGUGGACGGAGAGUUCAAGGACGUCAGCCUGUCCAGCUACCAAGGGAAGUACGUGAUCUUGUUCUUCUACCCUUUGGACUUCACCUUCGUCUGCCCCACUGAGAUCGUGGCCUUCAGCGACCGCGCCGAGGAGUUCCGCAAGAUCGGCUGUGAGGUGCUGGGAGCCUCCACUGACUCCCAGUUCAGCCACCUCGCCUGGAUCAACACUCCCAGGAAACAGGGUGGUCUGGGGCCCAUGAACAUCCCCCUGCUGGCCGACCUCACCCACUCCAUCUCCCGGGACUACGGCGUCCUGAAGGAAGACCAGGGCAUCGCCUACAGGGGUCUGUUUGUGAUCGACGAUAAGGGCAUUCUGAGGCAGAUCACCAUCAACGACCUCCCCGUGGGUCGCUCGGUGGACGAGACCCUCCGUCUGGUCCAGGCCUUCCAGCACACCGACAAGUUCGGAGAAGUGUGCCCCGCUGGCUGGAAGCCCGGCAAUGAUACCAUCGUUCCCGACAUCAAGAAGAGCAAAGAGUUUUUCUCCAAGCAGUGAUGUUCCUCAUCUGAGUUCAGAUCGAACCAAAGCACUUAAGUGUAGAUUCCUGUCUGGCAGUUCCUUCUUUCCUUGAUAACCCCAGAACCAAGUCGACUUGUAUUAUUACUGACCGUGUUAAACCAAUCUCUUCCGGAUAGUUAACUGUGGCAUACUUUUCAAGUCCCGAGCACUGAAACUGGUAACACUUAACAUAUUCUGGAUGGUAUUAUUUGUAUUGUCUGCUCUUUAAUAAAGCAUCGAUCGUG